AUGAGCGUGCUACCACAGAGGCGCGCGGCGCUGGAGAAGGCGCAUACACGGGCGGUUGCGCGGACACAGGCGCUCCGCGAGUGCGGCCUGUCUGCCGAGCGGGUGAGAGAGACCAAGGCCGGGAAGGAGCUCGCACGGGUGGAGCGCGAGCUGGCGGAGCUGGCCAUGGCGGAGCGGAUGGAGGAGGUGCUGGCCGGACGAAGCGGAAAGCAGAGUCGGACAGGCCUCGCGCGCAACGUCAGCUUUGCUUGUCUCUUGUCCGACGACGACUUGAAGAGCGAUGACGGUUCCACGAGCAGGAGCGAGGGCGACGGCGUCGGCGACGAUGGCAUGCUCUCCGAGACAGUGAUGCGGGGCAAGCGGGUGGUGAUGCGGGUGCUGGAGUAUGUCAUUGAGAAGGCUGACCGUGAGGCGCUCAAAAGCGUCUUUGCCUGGCUCAAGCGCGACUCGGUGGCGUUUGAGCGUGGAAAGGAGGAGAUCGGGUUCUGGCACCUCCGGAGUGUCAUUGCUCGCUCGUACUACCGCGAGGAGAUGUAUGUUGUCCGGGCGACAGAGCAGUACGGGCCAGUUGGAUUUGUCUGUACAGAGGCCGGGACGUGGGCGCCUGCCCUGCUCUGCGUCCGUCGCUCGCACCGUGGCAAGGAGCUCGAGUCCAAGCUGGUCGACUUCCUGCUCGAUCGAUCCGCCGCCGCCGACGAGCCUGGCAUGGUCGCCAAGGUGCUCAAAAGCCAGGCCGCGUUCUGGGAUGCGGCCGAGUUUCUGCGCGUCGCCGACUCGGACGCCUUUGAGGAGCGGUUUGUGAGCAAAGAGCAGCACCGCUUGGACGGCCCGAUGGCGUCGGGCCUCUCGUCGUCGCUGCUCUCGCAGGCUGCUCUUGAGCUGGUGGUCGAGCGGAACGAGCAUGAUCAGCUGGCCGAGCUGGUGGCCGAGGCCUCGGAGACUGCCCUUGUCGACGAGCUUGUCGCCGAAGGUUUCGACUCGGACGACGCUAACCUGCUGGAGGCGCCCGACAGCGACUCGUCGGUCGUCUCGGACGUUUGGGCGCGGUCGUCACCAGCGCUCGAGCCGAUGCCGGACGACAUGUCCGAGAGCGAGCCGUCGCUCCCGAUGAUGAGCUUUUCGUUUGGCCAUCUAGGCGCGAGCCCGCCAGGCCUGUUCCGGAACCGGGCCAAGGCCGACGACAAGGCGUCGCUGGCGCUGCAGGCGUCGCUGGCGAGCCUCCGCGGUCUGGAGCCUGCCACGCGACCACCAGUCCCUCCGGCGUCAGCCUUUGAGUAUCGGGUCUUUGUCCAUGCGCCGCGGCUCAACUUUGUCGAGACUUCUGGUCUCGACAUCAUCGACGACGCCUUGGCCAUGCAGCUCUACACCCUGACCGGCGAGCGGCUUGGCGAUCGGAUUGUGCGCACUGUCUCGCGCCGCCCGCACGCCCGCCCGCCAGCCUACCUACUCGAAACCGACAUUGUCACUUACCUCCCAGACGACCAUCACACCGUCCUUGCCGAGGUCUGGCUCUCCGGUGAGCUGCUGUACUCUGGCCGCCUGUCCCGUCUUGUCUCGCACUUCAAUCUCGUCGCCUUGGCCAUGCUGGCAACGGUUGCACUGGCAGCCAUGCUCAGCCAGAUGACUCAAGCUCGCGUGACAUGGAAGGCGACGACGGAGGAUGUGGCAGGCAAUAGCGAGCUCAUCAUUGACCUUGUGGUGGGUGGCAAGGCCGGCGGGGCCGAGGCGCUCUUCGCCUACACCACGGCCGUCUCUACGCCUGGCCAUGAGCUGUAUGGCAUGCACCUCUCUGCGGCGGCCGUCUCUGCUCUGUAUGAUGAUAUUGAUGCCAUUGCUGCUACGGUGGCUAUCGCGCGUAAGGCUCUGGCAGACGGUGCUAUCGGCGAGUGGUCAGUCUCCCGUCGCGGCGCUUCGUCCUUUGUCCGGCUCCACCUCACGGCUCAGGACGCACACCUCGUCACCGAUUGCCAGCUCAAGGUGUUUGUUCCUCACGGUCCCGGCGCCGACGUGCUGGAGCCGGUCAUCCGCUGUGCCGAGGGCCGUCCUAUGCUCCGCCACGGACUGCGCGAGCUGGUGCUGACCGCCGGUGGCCUGACCCGCAUGGUGGCGCAGCCGCUGGUGGCCAAGACCGAGCGCGGGCUUGACGCUGUUGAUGACGCGCUGGUCAUUGAUCCGCACGUUCUCCGCAAGCAAUACGGCGUGGACGAGACCAUGGGCAACGCGUCGCCCAAGACGACCCAGGCUGUCGCCCAGUUCCUUAAGCAGUACAUGAGCAAGGCCGACCUUGACGAGUUCUUCCUCAUCUUUGCCGACUACGCCAUCGGCACGCACCCGACCAUUCGUGGGCCGAACCACGCCCCGCCGGGCACCGAAGCUACGCUGGACAUCCAGUACAUCAUGUCGGUGGCUGCCAAGGUGAACACCACAUUCUGGUCCACCGGCGGUACGCACGCGAACCAGGAGCCGUUCCUCGAGUGGCUUGGCGACGUGGCCGCCGAUCCUGCCCCGCCCAUGACCUUUUCGGUCUCUUACGGCGACGUUGAGGCCUCUAUCGAGCCGAGCUAUGUGCUGGCUGUCAACGCAGAGCUGGCCAAGCUCGGCGCCCGCGGCGUCUCGGUCCUCUUUGCGUCGGGCGACUCGGGCGUCGGUUGCGAUGCGGCCGGCACCGCUUUCUCGCCCACCUUCCCGGCAGGCACGCCAUGGGUCACCGCCGUCGGCGGGACCCGGCUGACCGACAAGGGCGAGGUGGUCAACGGUCUCUCCACCGGCGGCUUCUCCAACAUCUUCCCGCGGCCAGACUACCAGGCCGCCGCCGUCGCCCACUACCUCGGCAGCUCGGGUGUGAAGCUCCCGCCGGCGUCGUACUACAACGCCACCUCGCGCGGCUUCCCGGACGUUGCAGCCCUCUCCUCGGGCUUCUCCAUCGUCCUCGACUUUGUGCCGCUGCCCGGCAUGAUUGCCGGCACCUCGUGCGCGGCGCCGACCUUCUCUGCCGUCGUCUCGCUCCUCAACGACGCCCGCCUCGCCGCCGGCAAGCCGCCGCUCGGCUUCCUCAACCCGUUCCUCUACCAGACUGCCGCGUCGUGCGGCUCCGAGUGCUUCUUCGAUGUUGUCGAGGGCGGGAACCCGGACCAGGCCGGCGGCUGCGAUGGCCAGUGCUUCUUUGCUGCCCCUGGCUGGGACCCGACCACCGGCCUCGGCACGCCCAAGUACGCCGGCCUGGUCAAGGCUGCGCUGGCGGCGUGA